AAGCUAAAAACUAGUAGAUAAGGACGAGGGGAGACGAUCAGUAUUCAAGCCAAUACUUUGUUCAUUUUGAAGGCUCAGUCACACCAUUUGAAUUCAACAAAUAAAAAUGUCACAAGUGGCCGCAAUGGACCUUCGUGUACUUACACAGUUCGACAUCGCCAGUUUGGAAGAGGACCGCAAAAAGAUGUUGUACGAGGAGCCGAUCUCUUUGGAAGAAGCCGCUCUGAACGCCAACGACGUGAUGGUGGCGCCGAGUCGAAAGUCGUAUGUGCACGGCUGUUCGACUGUUCCUUUGCUUUUUGAAACUGUUGGAGAUCGACUUCGAUCAGCAGUUGACCAGGUUCCAGAUAAGGAAUUUUUGAUUUUCAAAAGAGAAGGAAUCAGGAAAACUUAUUCGCAAGUCGCCACAGAUGCAGAAAACCUGGCUUGCGGGCUCCUCCACUUGGGUUUGAAAAAAGGAGAUCGUAUUGGAAUUUGGGGGCCAAACACAUACGAGUGGACCACAACACAGUUUGCCAGUGCUCUUGCCGGAAUGGUUCUAGUCAACAUAAACCCAUCAUAUCAAUCAGAAGAACUUCGCUAUGCUAUUGAAAAAGUAGGAAUCAGAGCCCUUAUCACACCACCUGGAUUCAAGAAGUCAAAUUAUUAUCAGAGCAUCAAGGAUAUUCUGCCAGAAGUUACAUUGAAAGAACCGGGAAAGAGUGGAAUCACAUCGAGAAAUUUCACAUGUUUCCAACACUUGAUCAUGUUUGACGAGGAAGAUAAGAUCUAUCCAGGAGCCUGGAAAUACACAGAUGUAAUGAAAAUGGGAACAGAAGAAGACAGACACCACCUCUCAAAGAUCGAGAGGGAAACUCAACCAGAUGACUCACUGAACAUUCAAUACACAAGUGGAACAACUGGACAGCCUAAAGGAGCAACUCUCACUCAUCACAAUGUUCUCAAUAAUGCAUUUUUUGUUGGUCUCCGUGCUGGAUAUAGUGAAAAGAAGACAAUUAUCUGCAUUCCAAAUCCACUUUAUCACUGUUUUGGAUGUGUCAUGGGAGUUCUCGCCGCACUCACACACCUUCAAACUUGCGUAUUCCCUGCUCCAUCAUUCGAUGCUCUCGCUGCUCUUCAAGCUAUUCACGAGGAAAAAUGCACAGCUCUUUAUGGAACACCAACAAUGUUUAUUGAUAUGAUUAAUCAUCCCGAGUAUGCAAACUAUAACUAUGAUUCAAUUAGAAGUGGAUUCAUUGCUGGAGCUCCGUGUCCGAUAACACUUUGCCGCCGGUUAGUACAAGAUAUGCAUAUGACUGACAUGCAAGUAUGCUAUGGAACUACUGAAACAUCUCCAGUAUCUUUUAUGUCAACACGUGAUGAUCCACCAGAGCAAAGGAUCAAAUCAGUCGGACAUAUUAUGGAUCACUUGGAAGCUGCAAUUGUAGACAAGAGAAACUGCAUUGUUCCACGUGGCGUAAAAGGAGAAGUUAUUGUCCGUGGAUACUCAGUUAUGCGGUGCUAUUGGAACAGUGAAGAGCAGACAAAGAAGGAAAUCACUCAAGACAGAUGGUAUCAUACUGGAGAUAUUGCUGUUAUGCAUGAUAAUGGAACCAUCUCUAUUGUUGGAAGAUCGAAAGAUAUGAUUGUUCGUGGAGGAGAGAAUAUUUAUCCUACCGAAGUAGAACAAUUUUUAUUCAAGCAUCAGUCAGUAGAAGAUGUUCAUAUUGUCGGAGUACCAGAUGAACGAUUCGGUGAGGUGGUCUGCGCCUGGGUCAGAUUGCACGAAAGCGCUGAAGGAAAAACGACUGAAGAGGAUAUUAAGGCUUGGUGCAAGGGAAAAAUUGCUCAUUUCAAAAUUCCUCGCUACAUCCUCUUCAAAAAGGAGUACGAAUUCCCGCUGACAGUGACUGGAAAAGUGAAAAAGUUUGAAAUCCGCGAAAUGUCAAAGAUUGAACUGGGUCUCCAGCAAGUCGUCUCUCAUUUCUCCGAGCUUUAAGUGUCCUCCCCGUCGUCGGGAGCUCGCCGCUUUUCUCGCCUGACACAUUCCAAUUGCGUGUAUAUUUCGAUUUAUCGUCGUCACUUAUUCCUGCCCUCUACAAAAUUUUCAAAUUCUUUUCUCUUUACGUUUCCCGUCGUCGCCAGCCCGACACUUUUGUCUUCUCUUCUCUCAAUAUUUCCAGCAGAGUGACUAACGAGUUUUCCUGUUCAUGUUCCAUUAUAUGACGCCACAUGGCAUCAGUUAGCAUAGUGCCUUAGUUCCUCUUCACAACCAUUGCCAACUUUGAAUAUAAUUUCAACUCUUUCAACUACUUAUAUGCAAAUUUUUUUGUCUCCCUCAUUUAUAUAUUUUGAAAUUGUGACGCUUUACUCCUUCUCUCAACGCUUUCGCUUUUGCGUAAGAUAAAUAAAUCUUUCAUUUUU